AUGGCCUCGAUGCAACCCGCACCUUUUGACCCAAUGGAUUCCAUGCCGUCAAGCUUGAUGCAGGAUGGCUCGAGUAAACCCGAUACGCCUGACAGCACUAUGCCGACCAAUGGCAUAGGUGCUGGACCAUUACCCACCGACUUUGCAUUCCAACAUGCCCACAACUCGAGCAACACUGUGACCGAAUUCACAAGGAGAAAGAAUUGGACUCAGCGCUUGCUGGAGGAGCUCAAAGACUUGUUGUAUAUCCUAACUCCUGACGGCCGGAUUCUCUACGUUUCGCCCUCGGCCAAGCAAUUGACUGGACACGACCCGAAAGAACUGAUAGACAAAUCAAUAUCUGAUUUUAUACAUCCCGACGACUCCUCCCUUUUCAUUCGCGAAUUCAACGAGAGCAUCGCUACUGGAAACUCUGUUCGCUUCUUCCACAGGUUCCGCGGCACCGAAGACAAAUACCGUAUCUUUGAGUGCCAUGGCCAUCCACAUCUCACCACCGAGAUCACUCAAAUCGCUAUUUCAGGACCGCCUUUGAGUACAGGAUUUUGUCGAGGCUUUUUCAUGAUGGCCCGGCCGUAUCCAACUCGAACAUCUGAGCUCCUGGAUUCGUUCCUGGAGCAUAAGAUUGAAAACUUCAGGCUCCAAGCGAGGAUUGCCGCCCUAAAGCGCGAGGAAGCCGAGGACACGGACGCCCAGCAAGAGCAUUAUCACAAGCAAGCCGCCGGAGUGACCGCCUCGCGAGCGUCAUCAACUUCAGCCGACAUUCCACCCACAUCACCAUCCGCCACAACUACUAGGCCAGAUUUUACCGACUAUGGUGGCAUGCCACCGCCCGCAAAACCAACGGUAUCAAACAUCGCCCUCACCCGCGAGGCUUUGGAUGAGGCCAAUGCGUUUGCUCGCCCAGACUCCAUACGGGACAAAAUGGCCCGAUACGAAGGCUCUUCACACGUCGAUUCCAUUGAAAUGUUAACCGGUCUCCGCUACCGCGAGGGCGAGAGAUCCCAUGGCAUAUCGACUGGUGGCACCUCCCCUGCACUCAUUCGUGGCGAUGCAGGUAUUCACAUUCCAAUUGAAAAAGCCGAUGCACGAUACUCAUACAUCGACAAGAAGCACAAGAAAGUCAAAAGUGCCGAGGAAUACGUUUGCACAGAUUGCGGAACGCUCGAUAGUCCUGAGUGGAGGAAAGGCCCCAACGGUCCGAAGACAUUGUGCAAUGCUUGCGGGCUGCGGUGGGCAAAGAAGGAGAAGAAGAAGCAGGCCGUAACAGAUGGGGUAUCGUCUAGUGCGCCGGGAAAUGCUAGUCCUGCAACAUCCAAGACUGCCGAGACAGGAGCUGCUGACCGAGUGUCGUCGAUUGCAGUAGCGGGAAAUGCCAGUCCUAUGCCGCCUGUAGGCAAGACCAGCGAGAUAGGAGACGCCAAAGCAGCCUCGACGGCGGCGGGAAAUCUUAGCCCUGCGGUAUCCGUGCCGAAGACCACGACCAUCGCUGAGGAAACGGGAAAGGCCAAAGGGGCCGGAUCAAUCGUGGUAGGAAGUGGCGGUCCUACGGUAUCCGCGUCCACAGCUAUCAUCAACGGGAUAGCAGCCACUGAAGUAGCCCUGUCUAAUGCGGUGGCAGGAAAUGACGGUCUAACGGCGACGAUUGCCAGCACUGUCGGCGAUGGCGGCAAUCUACCGUCUUCUGCUGUCAAGCAUGAAACUAGCUAA